AUGGCCGCCGUAGAGCGGAGCGCGGCGCGGCUGGCGCUGGCUUCGCUGCCGGGGGCGCCCCGGGAGCCGCUGCACCUGCUCCCCUGCUCCAUCCAGCACGACGGCCCCGCCGCCGUGGCGCGCUACUUUGCGCCCGCCGUCCGACGCGACCCAGAGGCCCCAGACGGAGAGGCUUCCGUGUCCUUCCGUGGCCGAAGCCUGAAGGGCAAGGAAAGCUGUCUUCCCAAAGGAUAUGUCGGAUUAGUGCUGGAAGAAGCCAACUUAGGCCUAACAUUGAAGGAACGGGAAGUGAGUGUGAAAUCCACUUUUGAUUCCCUGACCGUGUGGAACCUGGAACAGGCGCCAACUAACAGCGAUGAGAUCUUCAUGGCUCUUGCUUGGCCUAAGAUUGCUCAAGGGCUCCAUGCCCCCGUGACGGAGGAAGAGUGA